AUGAAUAAAAUCCGGGCCAUCCAAGAGCUUAACAGGAGAGAAAUCGAAAAUGGAAUAACACCCGAGGGCUCAUGGCACGUCGACUACCGCGACACGGCAUUUAUCUACUUUGGCGGCCUGCCCUACGACCUGACUGAAGGCGACAUCAUCACUAUAUUCUCCCAAUUCGGCGAGCCCGUCUUUCUGAAGCUCGCGCGGGACAAGGAGACGGGUAAAUCCAAAGGCUUCGGAUGGCUCAAGUACGAAGACCAGCGCAGCACAGACCUGGCGGUAGAUAACCUGGGCGGCGCCGACAUUGGCGGACGAAUGAUCAGUGUUGACCAUGCGCGAUACAAGGCCCGGGAUGACGAGGACCCCGAAGAGUUCAAUGUUAGCUGGGAAGCCAUGAUGCGGAGGGAAGGCAAACUCAAGGAUGAAGACGAGGAGAGCGAGGAAGAAGUGACUAGGCCAAUAUUACCAGAAGAAAGGGAGUUGGCGAUUUUAAUGAGGGACCAUGAUGAUGAUGAUCCGAUGAAGGGUUUUUUGGUGGAAGAGAAGAAGCGAGAGGUUGAGGAGGCCAGGAGGAAGGCGGACAGGAAGGAGAGACAUGGGGAUAAGCAUAGACACAGACACAGCAGGAGGGAUGAGUCUCCGGAAGGGAAAGAUAGGCGACACAGAGAAAGGAGUAGAGAGAGGGAGUCGAAACGGCAAAGAGACGACUCGAGGGACAGAGAGAGGCGGCGCCGUAGAGACCAUGAUGAUGACGGGCACAAGAGAAGGGACAGGCGGGAUCGCAAUGGUGAUGAAGGAGAGCGGCGGAGGGAUAGAGAACGCGAUCGGCCAAAAUAUGAUCGGGACAGAUCACAAGAACGAACAAAACGCCGCAGGGACGAUGAGCGGAGGCGGAGGCGGAGCAGAAGCCGUUCGCCAAGACGUCAUGAAAAUUGA